CGACCUUCUAUUUAAACCUUCCUCUCGCUCACGAAGAUUAAGGCUUAAAACUGGGACGAGCAAGGGGAAGAGCAACAGCAGCUGCGCGCGGCGGGGACGACGUGAUGGUGGUGGUUCUGCAGGGGAAGAGCGAGCGGAUGACGGUGGCGGCCAAGACGGAGAGGAAGGUGGAGAUCCGGGAUCGGGUGGCGGUCAAGACGGAGACGAAGGUGAAGAUCCGGGAAGGGGUGGUGGUCAAGACGGUGAGGAAGGUGGAGGUCCGUGAUCGGGUGUUGGUCAAGACGGAGAAGCAGGUGGAGGCUCGGGAUCGAGCGGAGAAAAAGUUGGAGGUCCUCACCCCCGCUAAGAGUAAACCCGAAUCCGAUAACAAGAAAAUUAAGGCGACAACGGUGGUGCUAAAAGUAGAGUUACGUUGCCCUUGCAAGGGACACAUGGACAAAAUCCACAAAACUAUGGAAGAGAUUAAAGGAGUGAAGAAGGUGGUGGUGGACCCAGAGAGGAAUCUGGUCACCGUCCAAGGAACAAUGAACGGGAAAGCAUUGCCGGCGAUCUUUGAGGCGAAGCUGAAUUGGAAAGCUGAGGUGGUGGAGCCUAAGAAGGAGAAGAAAAAGGAUAUCGACCAGCAGAGGAGAAGAUCAUGAAGGUGAACAUGACGGUGGCAGAGGCUGGUUGGACGGGUUACUAUAAUAAUGGGUACACUUACCCCCACGCGCGGCAGCGUUGCCGUAUUUCUAUGAUUACGUUUGCUGUUGUUAGUUUUUUAUAAUUCAGAUUACAAUAGAAUUGCAAAUUUUCGUGAGUUAAAUAAAUCCAUCGAAUAUAACGCUAGGAUUCAACA